AUGGAGCGAGAGAAUAAACCCUUUCCGGAGAAUUUACGCGCCCGCCCGCUCGGCCACCGUCUCCGGCUGCCAGCGAGGGGCUGCCCGGGGCCCCCGCUGCGGGCUGGCGCGGUCCGGGGCGCACGGAGGACGCGGGCUCCGGCCCAUGGUGCUGCCGGCUGCCCGGCGUGGCGCUCGGCCCGGCUCGGGCUCGGGCCGUGCUUACAUCCCCGCCGGGCGCCGGCCUCCCUGCGCCGCCAGCCAGUACAUGGUGUCCCCCGCGGGAGCCGAGGCCGGGGCGGCCGGACCGGGGGCCGGGAUGGGGGGGACGCCGCCUUAGCGGCUGCCGGGCCCCGGGCUGCCGCUGCCCUUGCUGCCGCUGCUGCUGCCGCCGCCGCCGCUGCUGCUGCUGCUGCUGCUGCUGCUGCUGCCCGGGAGGCGGCUGGCGGCGGAGGCUCGGCUCCCAGUAGCCGCACAUCCCACAAUACACCGCUAAGGAGCCCGACCCGAGCGCUCACCCUCCUCCUCUUCCUCCUCCUCCUCCUCUUCCUCCUCCCCUCGCCUUCCUCGCCGCUUCCCCAGGCACUCUCCCGGCGGCGGCAGCUGCGCCGCCAAAGCCCCGGGCCCCAGCGGCCCCCCACCCCUCACUCGCGCGCUCCCACACUGCCUCCCCCCCCUUCCCCGGGGGGAAGGCCUUUUAAUUUAUUUAUUCUUCUGGGACUGAGGUGGGGGGCUUGGCUGGCGGGGGGAGAGGGGGGUCUCCUCGGUCUCUACCUCCCGCGGCUGGGGCUACCCUUCCAGCUACCGGGCACUCCACGGCGUGCGCCCCCGGGGCCUCCCAAACUGUUUCCAAACUGCCCAGACCGGAGGUCCGGGAGUGGCGGCGGCCAAUCAGCGCUCGGCUUCCAUUUUAGCAGUAAACAGUCCACAGCGAAGCCGCCUUUUUGCCAGCCCAACCCUGGAAAGUUUGCAGGUCGUGGAAGGAGCAGAAAAUACCAUGAGUGUAACUUACAAAAAGGUCUUGGCCGGAGACCGGAGCCAUGUCUGGGUUAUCCCCAAAGUAGACAGCCCUUCCUUGCUUCCUCUGGACAUCUGGAGCAGGCCUAAUUUGGCUGACACCUUCCCCACGAAGGUAGGUUAAGAGCCCUUUCCCCAAGUUCAGAGAACUGGAUCAGGGGGCUUGGGCCUGCGACCUUCGAAGGGCGGGUUGGGAUCCCCAAACUCGCUGGGCUGGUUCUGCGGCCCCUCCCCCACGCUGAUGUGGCGGUUGUGUGUGUGUGUGUGUGAGAAAUGGGCGGCCUGCUGGGUCCAUCCAGCCCCGCCUGUCAACCUCUGUUGUCAGGCGGUUAAGGGCGGGCGAUUCUCUGCCGAAUUUAGCUGCGUACUAGAGCAGGGACGACGGAGUAUUUCCCAAUGGUGUGUUUUAUGGUGGGUGGGAGGGCCUUGGAAGCUUCUGAAGGCAUUCCCUGCUGGCAGGCUUGCCGGUGGCGCUUCAGCCUUUCCUCCUGAGCCCCAUUAGGAGGGCCAAAUGAGCCGCCCUCUGAGGUCUGGCGGCUUGCUGGGUAGACAAAGAACCGAGAGACCUAAGUCGUAGGCAGCUUGCCCAGAGAAAAGGCUUCCUUGACUUCUCCGUUUCCUGGAUUCUCCAAGUGGCCUCCAUGUCCCCACAAGGCCAGGUUGUGAGAGCCUGGCUGCCAGAACAUGCAAGUAGGGCUGGCCCUUUACGUGUGAUGGUGACCUUGCCUAGUCUGAACAGAGUCUCUGAGCCCGGCUCCCUGUCUGCAACAACUAGGCGGCCCAGGCAUCAGGAGUCAGUUAGGGGAACUCAUUAAACCUGGCUCUGCCCGUCUCUUGAGUUUCUCACUCCGGAGGUGCAGCUGAGAAUUUGCACUCCGUGUAAGGUCCCAGGCCAGUGUUCCUGACUCUCCCUGCUAGGUGACACCUGAGAUAUUCCCUGGCUGGGUAGCCGGCAGUUGGCUUGCCCUCCGGCCCGCCCCGGGAAGCUUCACAGCUGAAGGUGGUGUGGCCCUUGAUCUCUGACCCCGCCCCCCUCCACCCCCACCCCCCAAGUGUGUUCCUAGUUUAUGUUACUUUGAUAAAGCCAUUUGCUGCAGGUGCCGCAGAUCACGCGGCUUUCCUUAUUUUGGCCUGGAGCGUCCAGCUUCUUGUCUUUCCCCUCGUUCUCACCCCUGCGGUGAGUGCUGGAAUGGUGGCUUGGAGAGCCUAGCAGGCUUCACGGAGGUGGUGUUGGUGCCUGGUCAGGGAUCUUCAAGUCUGGCAGCUGUGGGCUAGUGACCUUGGACUAGUGUUUCCCCUGUUUAAAAAAACAAAAAACAAUCAUAAUAACUGCUGGAAAAAGGUUGGUGGGAGGAUUAAUGGAGAUUAAAGGGACCUCACUCCUGCUCCGGCCUCGGCCACCGGUUGGCCUCCAUUAUGAUAGGGGUGGUUGCUGGGAGUGGCCGCGGGGGUGGGGGCUGGGCUGUGUCCUGGGCUCCUCCCCGCCAGCCCACUUCCUGAAGCACGUGCUGGAGCCUCCAGGCAAAGGAGAAAGAAAAGUAGCUCGGCUUGGGAAGGAGGCCAGCUGUUUUUUCUGCCCGUGCAGUUUUGAGUCCAGGCUGUCCCGGGGCCCAAUGGGCUGUUCCGUGGGGGGUUGGGGGGGUUCAUGAUGUUUAAGGGUUGUCCCCCGAAAGGCUCCAAGAGAAGAAAUAUCUCACCCUAGGUUACGAGGCCACCCCCCGGCAGAGCCUGGACAGGGUUCCAGGUAUCUUGAUUUUUCGGCCCAUAAGCCUGGGCCCCUGACACCCCCUUGCCCAGCUGUCUGGGUUAUUUUGGGCACCCUCCGGUGCCAGCUGUCUGUUUUCCUCGCUGCCAGAGAGCUGUCUGGCAGCAUGGGAUCAGAAUGGUCCCUGUAGCUCCCGCUGGUGCCGAGGGCCAGGCGUCCAGUUGAGCUGACUUGGUGCUGGGGAGGGCUGAGCCCCUCACCUCAAGUGGGAAGAGCCCGGAAAAGCACUUACUCAGUGCAUUCGGUUCAUAUUGUAGAUAUAUAUAUAUAUAUAUAUAUAUAUAUAUAUAUAUAUAUAUACUCUGUAAGCCUUGGAACCCACUUGGUCCGCCUAAGCGCCCUGCUUCUCCGGUUCCAGUCUUCGGGUCUCUUAUCUCCUCCAGCCUCAGACUAGAUCAUUGACAAGUCACGCUGUGUCAGCUGUACCCUGGAGGGCUACAGCCUUUGGGGGACAAUUAGGUGCUAAACUGUGUGGUGUGAUGUUUGAAAGGGAAAGAUAGUCGUGACCAGGCCAACUUGUGAAUGUCCCCACUCCAGGCUCUUUCACCUCCCUCCCUCCCUCUCUCUUUUUUUUUUUUGCCCCCUUAUCACCUCCUGGGCAGUAGGGUGGGGCAGUUUGUCCCUCUGUUGUCCCUGGCCCUGAGGGGUGCCCCGCCCACUGGUCACCCACUAAGCUUGGGGCGGGGCCGCUUUGGGCUGCUGAGAGAGGGCCACGCCAGCGGAAGGACUGCCUGAGCCGGGAGGUGGCCCGGGAGGUGGCCCGGGAGGUGGCCCGACCAGCUUCUCUACCGAUUCUGGCGUCCCCGCCCCUUCCGUCGGCUCCACCUGGCCUGGAGCCCUCCUUUGGAACUUGACCUUUUGGAACGCUCCAGGUGGAGACAGCAGCCACGACGGGUAGUGAUACCCCCCCACUCUCCCCAGCCCCCCCGUGUUUUUCUCCGAUUUGUCCUGUGCCCUCAAGCAAGUUCCUGUGGAGACGGGAACCAGGAGGGGGAAAGUCGAUGCAACCACCGUUUGGGGCUGUUUCUAGAACAUUUUGGUUUGACCGAGGAGGGUCUUGCCACGUCCAGGCCAGUCCUCUUGACAGGCUGGGACCGUAAGUACACUCUCUUUGCGUCCAGGCUUUAGCCGUUUUUCCAGCCCGGCUUCUAGAAAUGACCUGCCCAUCCUCCACUUGUUCCCUAGAGCUGUUAGGUAGCCGAGACCUGGGAGGGAGAUGGCCUAGCCGGGUGGAUAAGAUAGCACCCCCAGGCACCCUGGUUUCACCCUCCCCCCCCCCUUAUCUGUUAAGGCUCUAGCUGCAGUCUUUUAUCUCUCCCUGCUAUCCAUACCAUCUGCAUUUGGAUAGCUAAAUAAUUGAUUUAUGGUGCCUCUGUGUUAGGGGAGUGAUAACUCCCCUUCCAAAUUUGUACUUUGUCCUGAAAGACUGAAGGCAUUCUGUCUCUGCUCUCCUGGGUUCCACGCUCCCUGUCGGCCUCUGGGGCAUAGUCUUCCCUGAGACCAUCCUGCGGCUCCCUGAGAGGUUUUGUGGCAAGAACCAGCCGAAGGAAUCUCUCACUUUCCUAGCUUUCCAGGAAUUCCUGGAGAAUCAGAGAGUGACCCAGGGGGCCCCCAGAACAUCUUGCAGGUGAGGGAAUCAGCCACCCGGGGUGGGUGAGUUGUGUCUUAUCUCCUCAGCGGGGCCGGCCUGGCCUGGCCUGACCUCUGAGGAGGCUCUCCACAGCAGCUGGCUGGAUUCCUGGGUAUUUUUAGCUACCCAGAUCCAGCCCCACCAUCACUGAGAGAGCUGGCUCCAAGUCCAACACUCCAGGCCUGAUAGUACUGGGGUUCUGCCAGUCUCCUGGUGAGGCCGGGGUGGGUGGGGAGGCAGGCUGGAACCAGUUGGCAGCCGGAACCCAUCGGAGCCAGAAUUAUUUGCUUUUGGUCAUUUCCUUCAGACUUGCUCUGUCACUGAAGAUGGAGAAGACAGACACAGGUCUGGAGGAUUUGUGGAAAGUCCAGAGCCCUCUCUUGGCUGUAUGUAGUAGAACAAGUAUUUUUUUUUUUUCCCCUUCUAAAUGAAUUUUCUCCUAGCACAUGCAGCCAGCCAGCCUCCUGGGCCCAGGACCAAGCCCAAAGAAGGCCGAGAGAAGAAACGUGGAAUCCCUGCAAAGAGCAGCCACUGAGCUACAGCCCAGCGCUCCUCCUCUGCCUGGUUUUGACAGCACCCCUGUGUUGUGGAGCCUUCUCUGUCGCUCUUCUCCACUCAGCCAUCGGCAGGCCCGCCCUGAUUUAGCCCGUUACCUUGACAACCAUUUGGGUCCCGUCUCCCUCCCUCCCUCACCACUGAAAACCUGAAGAGGGUUUUCCAGCUGCGGUGCAUUGGUGCAUUUGCCCAGGUUGGGCACCCCUCCCGGCCUCCUUGGGCUCCCCCUCCCUCUGCCCAGCUGUACCCAGUUCAACAAACACCACCUUCCCUGGUCCCGCCGCUGUCGCCUUAAAAUGGAUCUCACUGAUGCUGGGAACUGCAUCACACUGCUUCCUCCAGACCGGUCCUCACCGGCGGGACCACGGUUGCUUUUCAAUAAACAAGUUGUAAUAAAAUAAAAUAAAAUAAAAUAAAAAGGAAUGAA